AUGUUUAUAAGAAGAUCGAAUUACGCUGACGCAUAUUCGCGAAUUAAAGUAGCUUCGUUGUCUGGAUCAUGUACAGUUUUAAUUUUUGUUGCUCUUGAUGUUGAUGCGCUUUGUGCAUGUAAAAUGCUGUCAACAUUGAUGAAACAAGAUUUUAUUUCUCAUAAAAUUCAACCAAUAUCAGGCUAUCAAGAUCUAAUGGAUAUAAAUCAAACAGUAGUUUUAAACAAUGAAAAUUUGAAGUUUCUUAUAUUAUUGAAUUGUGGUGCUUUGAUCGAUUUAUAUCAGUAUCUUACUCCUCAAGAUCAUAUUAGUGUAUAUGUUAUUGAUUCUCAUCGUCCCUGGAACUUAGAUAAUGCAUUUUCGAAUAGUAAUAUUUUUGUUUUUGACGAUGGUGAUAUUGAAGAAAAGCUAUACGAAGAACGCAAGGCAUAUGAUGCAUUAGUUGAGAUGGGUGACUUAGAAUUAGAAAAAGGUAGUGAUGAUAGUUCUUUAGUUGAUGAAAAAGAAAAUUUUUCUGAAAAUGAAAAUCUUGAAGAAGAGUUAAGCAAAAAAAAACAUAAGUCGUCUACAGAUGAUGAGCAUAAAGCUUCUGAGUCACUUGAAGAAGAAAAAGAUCAGGAAAAGCUUCUAGAUUCUACUUUACUUUCUUCACCUCAUUCUACAGAAUAUGAUUCACGAAAAGCAACACAGAAAAAAUAUUAUAAAUAUCAAAAAAUUAUUUCAGAUUAUUAUGAUUCUGGUACAUGGUUUGGAGAAUGUAUAUCUAGCCAAAUGUAUUCUCUCGCUUCUGAUAUAGGGAAAGAAGAUAAUGAAUUACUUUGGUUUGCUGUUAUAGGACUAACAAAUCAAGAAAUGCAUAGGAGGAUGAGCUAUAGUAAAUAUCUACAGUUAUAUUCGUUAUUUAAGGAUGAAGUUAAUCGCAUGAAUCCUUUGUCUACUUCUGAUACUGAAAAUGUAAAAAGAACAAAUGGAAAAACAGCAGAUGACUCUUCAAUUAGAGCAAAAGAAGAAUUUCGUUUUAUGUUAUUUCGACAUUGGAGUUUAUAUGAUUCUAUGUUUUAUUCAUUUUAUUUAGGGACUAAAUUAAAAGUUUGGUCCGAAUAUGGUAAAAAAAGAUUACACAAGUUGUUUGCUAAAAUGGGUAUUUCUUUGAACCAAUGUCAUCAAGUAUAUACACAUAUGGACAUGGAUUUAAAAAAGAGUCUUCGAGAAAAAUUAGAUAAAUUUGCACCCUUGUAUGGAUUAAAUAAUUUGGUAUUUCCAAGUUUUGUUCGAACAUUUGGCUUUAAAUGUACAUUAAGCGCUAGUGAUGCAAGUUAUGGGCUUAGUGCACUUCUAGAAACAGGGAAAUAUAAAGAUGGAAAAUACGAACUUGAUAAAGAAAAUAAGUCAUUGGAAAAAAAAAGUACUAAUGAUAAACAAGAGAACUUAAUGCGAGAUUUUUGGUUAAAUUACUUCUAUGAUGCCUUUGAUGCAUUGGAUGAUAUUGAUGCUUUGUGUUCAUCACUAAAAGUGGCCAUGGAACUACAAAAAGCAAUUGUGCGUACUGGUACAUCAUUGAUAGAUAAACAUGCAAUUAGACAUUUAAAAGCCUUUCGAAUUGCUGUUUUAAAAGAAGGGCCUGAUCUUGAUAUUUUUACACAUCCAUUUGCUCUCUCGAAAUUGGCUCUUUGGAUCUCCGAUGCAAUUAAUGAGCAGGAACGUGAACAGGGCCGAACACGACAUCUUCCUUUUGUAAUUGCUUCUCUCAAUGAGCGUACAGACGCUUAUCUCUUACUUGGGACUUCUGUCUCUGCAUCCUCUCCUUUAGAUCAUAUAGAUGAUAAUAUUUCUUGCGGCAGGAACCGCUUUGGUAUUAUUUUUUCUCAGCUUGCUCGAGCAACUUCUGCUCGUCUUAGAAUGGAUGCUUUCGAUGCAUAUUGUAUUGAAGUUUUUAAAUCAGAUCUUGUGGGAUUUCUUGAGCUUCUUAGCACUAAGGCAAUGUUUUAA